CUGGGCCGGCGGAGGCUCCGCGCUGCCGCCGCCGCUGCGAUGGGCUGAGGGGAGAGGCGGCCGCGGCGGGAGCGCGCGCGCGGCUCCGAGCGCGGCGGCCCGAGGAUGGAGAGGGCCAUGGAGCAGCUCAACCGGCUCACGCGGUCCCUGCGCCGCGCCCGCACCGUGGAGCUGCCCGACGAUAAUGAAACUGCUGUCUAUACGUUGAUGCCAAUGGUUAUGGCUGACCAGCACAGGUCUGUCUCAGAGCUUCUAUCAAAUUCAAAAUUUGAUGUGAAUUACGCAUUUGGACGAGUGAAGAGAAGUUUGCUUCAUAUUGCAGCAAAUUGUGGAUCAGUUGAAUGCCUUGUCCUAUUGCUAAAAAAAGGAGCAAAUCCAAAUUAUCAGGACAUUUCAGGAUGCACACCUCUUCAUUUAGCAGCAAGAAAUGGCCAGAAGAAAUGUAUGAGCAAGCUGUUGGAAUAUAGUGCAGAUGUCAACAUUUGUAAUAAUGAAGGCUUGACUGCAAUUCAUUGGUUGGCUGUGAAUGGCCGCACAGAAUUGCUUCACGAUCUUGUGCAACAUGUCAGCAAUGUAGAUGUGGAAGAUGCAAUGGGACAGACGGCGCUCCACGUAGCUUGUCAAAAUGGCCACAAGACAACAGUGCAGUGUUUGCUAGACAGCGGUGCAGAUAUUAACAGGCCCAAUGUGUCAGGAGCAACUCCGCUGUAUUUCGCUUGCAGUCAUGGUCAGAGAGACACUGCACAAAUCCUUUUGAUGAGAGGAGCCAAGUAUUUACCAGACAAAAAUGGUGUUACUCCAUUGGAUCUCUGUGUUCAGGGCGGAUAUGGAGAGACUUGUGAAGUCUUAAUACAGUACCAUCCUCGACUUUUUCAGACAAUAAUUCAAAUGACACAGAAUGAAGAUUUACGGGAAAACAUGUUGCGGCAAGUUCUAGAACACUUGUCUCAGCAGAGUGAAAGCCAGUACCACAAAAUCCUGACAAGUCUGGCUGAAGUCGCUACAACAAAUGGUCACAAGCUGCUGAGCUUGUCAAGUAAUUAUGAAGCUCAAAUGAAGAGUCUCUUAAGGAUCGUGAGGAUAUUUUGUCAUGUCUUUCGCAUUGGCCCAUCCUCUCCCAGUAAUGGAAAUGACAUGGGCUACAAUGGAAAUAAAACUCCAAGAAGUCAGGUGUUCAAGGUCAGAAAAGUAUAUGAUGUUGUUAGGAAGAUAGACGUUAAAGAGAUGAAUUUCACAAAGCAUGCAUUCAUUAAUCAGACAUCACAUGAACAGGAACCGCUGGAGCUGCUCUGGCACUCCUUAGACGAGUGGCUGGUGCUGAUAGCCACGGAGCUCACGAAGAACAGAAGGGCCUCGGCCAACAUUACAUCCCUUCUGCUGAAGCAGAAGGGGCCGGAUGACCAGGAUGCUGCUCCCCCGGCCGCCUUGGCCGCAGCGGGCACGGAGAGCAGCAAGGAGCUGCCCGCAGACGCUGGGGAUCCCACAGCGCUCGGUGGUGCCGGGAAGCAGGAGGCCUGUGCUGAUGGCCAGGACGUGGUCUCCAUGACGGCCAACAGGCUCAGCGCCGUCAUCCAGGCCUUCUACAUGUGCUGCUCCUGCCAGAUGCCUCAGGGAAUGACCUCACCUCGUUUUAUAGAAUUUGUCUGUAAACACGAUGAUGUCCUUAAGUGCUUUGUUAACCGAAACCCCAAAAUAAUUUUUGAUCAUUUUCAUUUUCUUCUUGAGUGUCCUGAACUAAUGUCCAGAUUUAUGCACAUCAUAAAAGCACAGCCAUUUAAAGAUCGCUGUGAAUGGUUCUAUGAACAUCUACAUUCAGGACAGCCAGAUUCAGACAUGGUGCACAGACCUGUCAAUGAAAAUGACAUCCUUUUGGUUCAUAGAGAUUCUAUUUUUAGGAGUAGCUGUGAAGUUGUGUCCAAAGCAAAUUGUGCCAAGCUAAAGCAGGGGAUUGCUGUCCGAUUCCAUGGAGAAGAAGGCAUGGGGCAGGGUGUGGUGCGUGAAUGGUUUGAUAUUUUAUCCAGUGAAAUAGUUAAUCCCGAUUAUGCCUUAUUUACCCAGUCAGCUGAUGGAACAACUUUCCAGCCAAACAGCAACUCUUCUGUAAAUCCAGACCAUUUGAACUACUUCAGGUUUGCUGGCCAGAUCCUGGGAUUAGCUCUAAAUCACAGGCAGUUGGUGAACAUUUAUUUCACGAGGUCGUUCUACAAACAUAUUCUUGGUAUACCUGUUAAUUACCAGGAUGUAGCAUCUAUUGAUCCAGAAUAUGCAAAGAACUUGCAGUGGAUUUUGGAUAAUGAUAUCAGUGAUUUGGGCUUAGAGUUGACCUUCUCUGUUGAGACUGAUGUGUUUGGAGCAAUGGAAGAGGUGCCCCUAAAGCCAGGGGGUGCCAGUAUACUUGUCACACAGGAUAACAAAGCUGAGUAUGUCCAACUCGUCACGGAACUUAGGAUGACAAGAGCCAUUCAACCUCAGAUAAAUGCCUUUUUACAAGGCUUCCAUAUGUUCAUUCCGCCUUCUUUGAUACAGCUUUUUGAUGAAUAUGAGCUGGAGCUUUUAUUGUCUGGAAUGCCAGAAAUUGAUGUAAAUGAUUGGUUAAAAAAUACAGAAUACACCAGUGGCUAUGAGAGAGGAGAUCAGGUUAUUCAGUGGUUCUGGGAUGUUGUGGAAGAACUAACUCAGGAGGAAAGAGUACUGCUAUUACAGUUUGUUACUGGCAGUUCCAGGGUACCUCAUGGUGGCUUUGCCCAUAUAAUGGGUGGCAGUGGAUUGCAAAAUUUUACAAUUGCAGCUGUGCCGUAUACUCCAAAUCUUUUACCAACGUCAAGUACCUGUAUCAACAUGCUCAAGUUACCUGAAUACCCAAGCAAAGAAAUCCUUAAGGACAGGCUUCUUGUAGCGUUGCACUGUGGAAGCUAUGGUUACACAAUGGCAUGAGGAGCUGCAGGAAAAUGCAUCUGGCUACGGAUGUACCUCAGAAGUGGCAGAAGGAAAUGCAGAAACUGUCAGAAGGAAAGUAACUUAGAUGCUUCAGCCCUUUGGCAGAGCUGCCUUUUAAAAUACGUAAAGGAUCAUCAACUCUUCCUGUCCAUUAUGUGUUGACCAAGUGACUUAAAUUUCUGAGUAUGCUGUAUUUUCUUUUUUUUUUCUUUUUUUUUUUCUUUUUUAUGUUCUAUAUGGAAAUCAGUUUACAUUCCUUUUCAUAUUACUUCAUUAGAAGGUUUGCUGAAAAUAAGACUUUAGAAGGAUUUCAAUUUCAGCUAUGUGGAUGAAUGACAUUUGUGUUUUAUUUUGUAUUCAAAUGGUAUACUACUAAUGGAUGGACUUGUACUUUAUGCCUUGCUGCAUGUGAAAGUGCCGUUUAUUUUUGCAGAGAAUACUAUAAAACUUCAAUUUGGGUAUUGUACAGUAAGACAAAUCUGAUGUAUUUUCCAUUCUUUACACAGUA